CCGUCAUCCUUUCUUUCAGAGCGCUGGCUUCCUACCGAUCAUACUGAUCGCCCUGUAGUAACGCUUUCAGACAAGCCAGAUGUGUUUCUGCCGUUUGGCUCUGGUCCGAAGGCCUGUAUUGGGAAAAGUAUUGCGUUGGUCGAGAUCAAACUCAUACCUGCGCGAUUGGUUGCGCGAUUGGUUUGGCGUUUCAAUUUUGAGUUG